AUGAACAGGCGCACUCAGCUUGAACGGAUCCAAAAAGCCGACACAUUGCUUGAACGAGUCUCCGAGACUGGCUAUUUCGUGGAUGAUAUCCUCGACACAGAUGAUGCCGUGGUCGCCGAGUCUGUCUUCAAUGAGGUUGUUGUCGUCCAACUUCACCUGUUUGGACUGACCGUCUUCCUGGAUCGUCACAGAGGCACGUUUCUGGAUCAAGUUACGGACAGUAGCAAGCGAAGGAGUUCCGAUCGAGAGAUACGGACUGGUCAGUUUCAGCAGCGGCGCAACGGUAGAGUUCAGUUUCACAAAUGUUCCCGUGUAGACGUGCUCCAGACGGAGCAGAUCGAGGACUUUUCUGGCAGCAGAAGGAACCUUGGCUCCGUGCGGGCCAGGAAUCCUCACGACAAAAAGCAGUCUCUCUUCUGUGUCGUCUGUAUCCUUGGCAGAUAG